AUGUUAAAUAUCGCUCAUACAUCCACUGCUCCUUUACCGAAAUCUAGGCACUUACCACCAACAACAACCACGAUUACGACUACUACAACCACAACUACAACCACAACGACUACUACAACCACAAACGACUACUACAACCACAACGACUACUACAACCACAACGACUACUACAACCACAACGUACUACAACCACAACGACUACUACAACCACAACGACUACUACAACCACAACGACUACUACAACCACAACGACCACUACAACCACAACGUCCACCACAACCACGACCACAAGAAAAGCAACUACAACAACUACUACAACAAAGACGACUAUUACGACCACUACAGCUGAAACAAGCAACUCAACCCAAACGACAUCCACCACCACCGUCGCAAUUCUCUUCAAAGUCUCUGCACGGGCAAGCGAUUGGGUGGUUGUAA